AUAAUGAAAAAGUUAGAAGGGAGAAAUGAAACUGUUAUUACGGAAUUCAUCCUUCAUGGCUUUGGAGACCUGAAAGAGCUACACAUUCUUCUGUUUAUGCUGUUUCUACUAAUCUAUAUUACGACCAUGGCUGGGAACCUUCUCAUUAUUGCCCUGAUUGUGACAGACCAGCACCUCCACACCCCAAUGUACUUUUUCCUAGGCAAUUUGUCUUGCUUAGAGACCUGCUACAGCUCAACCAUUCUCCCUAGAAUAUUAGCCAGCCUACUAAAUGAAAACUACACUGUAUCUGUGAAUGGUUGCAUUCUGCAGUUAUGGGCUUUUGUUUUCUUAGCUGUUACAGAAUGCUAUCUCCUGGCAGCAAUGUCUUAUGAUCGUUACUUGGCAAUAUGUAGACCCCUGCAUUAUUCCACACUGAUGAAUUUCAAGAUAUGCCUCCAGUUAGUGGCUGGAUCCUGGAUUGGCAGUUUUGUGAUAGAUACAAUAUUGUUAACAUUUAUACUGAAGUUAAGCUUCUGUGGCCACAAUUUGAUAGAACAUUUCUUCUGUGAUUUCAUUCCAAUGAUGAACCUGGCUUGCAGUGAUGCAAGUCAGGUCAAACUUGUGUCAGCUAUCCUAACUUCUGUCUCCACCCUACCACCAUUCCUUUUAACUAUAGUCUCAUAUGCUUACAUCAUUGCUGCCAUUCUUGGAAUUCCCUCCAUCACUGGGAGGCAAAAGGCCUUUUCUACCUGCUCUUCUCACCUCAUUGUAGUGACCAUCUUCUAUGGCAGUCUCACAGUUGUCUAUCUUUUGCAAGACAGUAACGAACUGAAAGAAUUGAACAAAGUCUUCUCGGUCUGUUACACAAUUUUAACACCUCUGGUCAACCCUCUCAUAUACAGCCUGAGGAACAAAGAGGUGAGGGGAGCCCUGGGAAGGGCAGCCAGCAAACAUACAACCUGCAUAAGAAUUCAUUGA